UCUGUAGCGUUGAUAGAGCUACAUGGGCAUCAGACAAUGAUGACGUGCCUCAAAAUUGGCGAUAACUCAAUCGGUAUAUCCCAAUUGCAACGAGAACUAGAUGCAAAAGAGGCAGGUAGUCUUCGAAUUUGCAUUGGUAUUCCUUGUCGGAGGAGUGGCAGCAAGUGUUUAGCAUGUGAUUGGCGUCAGGGUACGGAAUCGGGAGUCUCAGGGUCGUGCAAUUGCAUGUGCUUGGCAUGGGGCGCAGCUCGUCGAGGGGUAACGACAAGUUAUGAAACGAGAAGGGACAAAAGAAUUCUCGAAUCACGGUGAAUUUUUUAUCAAAAGGGACUUAACAAAUCAUUGCUGCUAUAGAGUUGAAAUCACUCAGAUCUACCACCAUGAAGAAGCAAAACAACAUGGAAAUGGAAUCGAAAAGAGGGCGCUUUUGGGGGAAGCUAGACGCAGGGGCCGGCACUUCGGCCCCGAGAAUCUGGGGCAAGAUCCUUGCUCCAAAUCCUAGCGCUGUAACAGGCGUGGUGGCUUUUUUUCCAAUUUUAAUUGCACGCGCCGCGCAUGUGAUCCCUCAUCUCAACAAUGACAUUUCAAAACGCAACUCGACGGGAGAAAUCGUACCACACGUCGAUUAGAAUAAAGGCCCCAAGCGGCGAAUCGAUUUGAAGCCGCCGUGCUACAUCUCUUUUUGCUUCUUCUUUGUUUUUUAUAUGUCGUGCUUCAUUCACAUCGAUUGAUUCUCGAGCUGCGGUUCCGUCAUCGCUGGCAUUCACAUUCACAUGUGCUUAUCGCAUCACACAUGACCCGCGCAAAAUGUCAUCCUCACCAAGCCAAACCUCCGGCUCUGGCGACGCCAGCAAGGCCACGCCCUCAGGGCAAGCAGUAAACGCAGACGACAAGCCGCGGCUCACAGAAGAGGAGAAGAAGCAGAACCACAUUGCAUCAG